UUUUUUUUCCGUCAAGAAAUGUGAAUUAUUCGAAUCAUAAAUUUCCAGGAUAGAAUUAAAUCCCGCAUUAAAGCCAUUUUUGGACCUGUCAUUUAGAAUUGGCCUGCAAAUAAUGAAGGCUACUCGUAAGAGUCUGGUCUGAAUUGUGCCAUUACAAUGCUGCAAUGUAACGGGCCUCUGCCUGUAAUUCUCUAUUCGGGCGUCAAUUGGCACUUGUCAUAUUCCAUCUUUAGUGAGUAGAAAUGUUCUGCUCACUGAAAGCCAUGGAUCAAGCAGAAAUUAUUAGGAAGUCAUAUCCUUAAGAACACUUUAUAUGGGUGCACUCAGGACCUUUGAGCUGAGAGCUUGGAGUUAUAUUUGUCACAUUUCAGCCAAAGAAUAAUACUAAUAAUUCUAUCUUACUUUUCACAAGUCAACUUGCAGUUUGUCCUCAGAAAAUCAGCCUACAUUGGAGUGGCCAUUAGGCCGACAAAGUAUCAGACUUAUGGACUUUGCCAUGGGUGUGUAGUUACUUGAUGCCCCUGGGAAUCGGCCCCAUGUUCUGAGUAAAAAAAAAAGAAAAAAAGUUGAUCAAACCUCUAAACGUUAUUUUUAGUGGUACUUUUAAUAUUCCUGUUAAAAAAUAACUACAGCACAUGUGGGCUAUAGCCUAUUGUUAAAUAAUUGAAAAGGUACAAGUUGAUUGAACCUGGCAGCCUAAAAUACUUUUUUUGUUUUUUUAACAUUUUAUUAAGCCAAUCUUUAAACCCACGUUUUUAGUUAGACGUGUAAAAUAUUUUGCAAAUUACAAUUGAUGUCGAGGGGAAGAGAAUCCUUAUGGCUGUUGGAUCAGUGUUGUCGAAUAUAAUAAAUAAUACAUCCUUCGUGAAUUUAUAUCUAUCUUCCAAAUAAAUACAUGUGUUUUAGUUUGGUCUGUCCUUUUUCUUACAGCUCUAAAAUCUAUAAGAUCUUGUGUGUUAAAUGCUCCGCUACACCUUGCUGAACACUGAUGUCUGCAUAUACAGUGUACAGGCCUACUGGAUUACAUUUCAAAGUGCAUCACAUGUUUAGGUGCUCUCACCCGCCCGUCCCCCCCUUUGAGUGGGUAACCUCAUUCACUGUAGGCUACAUAUGUUUUAACCGUGCCUCUAAACGUCAGACUGAAUAUAUCCAAUAUUUUAUCCCAUAAUCUAGUUUGGACAGCUAUUCACUGUCGAUCUGGGCUUUUCUAUCAGAGUUCACUUAAGCGGAAAAGGGGCCGUAGUUCCGCUGUAUUUCUUUAAACAUCUUGGACUUAUUGUGGUGAAAUGCUGUUGUCAGGUAACAUUGUUUUGUUAUGUUUCCAGUCUUUCUGGAACCACGGUUGAAAAAAAAAAAUCUGGUUACUCUUACUUGUCAUUGACUAUAAAAUGGUGAAGUGAGAACAAGAUGUUGGUGAGAUGUUCUGCAGUUCACCGGGUUUUUCCCUGCAUGAUGCACAGUUUAUGCACGGAUCUCCACGCCAAAGACGCGAGAGGGAACAGAAGCUCAGAGCAAACUUGAUUGAUGAAAAGAAGCAGAUUGGCAUGUUGUAGGAGUUCGUCAAAAAUGGAGCAGACUUGUAAAUUAUUUGUUCAAUUCCUUUGUGUGUAGGCCUAUGUAUGUGAAAUAUAGAGGGACGCCGAAAGGGAGACACUACACCUGCCAGAAUGUGUGUGUCAGAGCCGAAGUAUUUUGGUGUUAUGUGUUGGUGUGCGAGAGGGAUGAAGGCAGACAAGUAAAAAAAAAACAAGUGUAACAAUGCAUAUACUGUUUGAGGAUGUUUAUUUGUAAGUGCAGGGAGAAAAGCAGAAAGAGAGAGGGACAAAGAGAGACGGUCAAAGUCCAGCUACUGAAGGGAUGAUGUCUGUUUUGUCUCCAUGUAUUUGUGUGUGUGUGUGUGUGUGUGUGUGUGUGUGAGAGAGAGAGAAAGGUAGCACGGCUGAGUGGGAGCUUGGCAGUGCAGCCCUGCUCUCUGUUUCUGGCUUAUCGGAGAAGGAAUUUGAAGUAGAGGACUUGAGGAGUCCCCUGAGACCUCACCCAUGCUCCCAGAUUAGCUGUUAAACUGCACAUAAUUGUGCUUCCCUUCGUCUCCCAGAGAGCUAUUAGUCUCCCCUUUAUACCCCCCCCCCCCAAACACCACCCCACCUGCCCAGACCAGACUUACUGAAGAAACACAGGAACUGAUAGACACACGCAAGCACCUUUAUUUACGAGUAUCCUCAUUGAGGCAGAUGCACACCUGAGUGCCCACGCAGAGAUUUAGUCAACACCCUCGUCCCGUUUCAAAUUCAACAAAAAUGAUUGUAGUUUUGCACCCCUUUCUUUCCGAAACAUAUUCCGCUCUAAUAGGAGACAGACAAAGUAUCUGAGUGCUGACAUGUUUGCGCUUCAGAGCAAAUGCUCUCCGUGAAAUAUGUGCACGCUGAUGUCAAAGUGAGCGCGUUGGUUUAGCAUUUAAGCUCCGUGUAAUGGGCCAUUGACCAGAAGGUCUCCCCAAGGUUAGACACAUUGCUGUUGCUACACUAAUGCCCUUUUAAUGUGCCCAAGAAGUUCCAGCUGGAUAAACGGUCACAUGCAGUAGAAAACAGGUGAGCCAUGCACUGUAAGUCAUUUUGGAUAAACUCAUUUAGUACACCUUGAAAUGAUGGAUUGGUGUGCAUGGCGUGUUGGGACACCUGGGGGGGGCCGAUUCAGGCGUUGGCUGCUUGGGUCAUGGCAAAGAGGGUAUGGCAGGUUGGCGCUGAAAUCACCAUGGGGUUGGCGCCACCGUGCCCCUGCUUACCUCUGUUCCUUUGGCUCAUUCUUUUUGGAAAACAUUCACAUAAACACAUGCACACUCACACACACACACACACGUACACACAUUAAUGCCUGUGCACAGAGGCACUCCGCUGGGCUUUCCCCUGAUCUGUUGAACUUGGCGUCUGACUCAGGAACUUGCUAUUGAAAAAGCUGGCCCGAGUUUGAUGUAUUUGACCUUGGUGGUGAGAAGUAUUGUAAAGGUUAUCAACAUGGAAGGGGAAGACCUGCCCCUAUUGUUUCCCUUGUGUGCUAUUACACCUACAGUCUCAAGCAAACACUUGCUUUAACAAGCAAUUAACUGUGUUAAUGAGGGCCACAUUUCACUGCUAAUUGAUUUUAAUUUUAUGGGUAUGUCAAUUGCAGGAUUGUUGCUUUUAUUAUUUAAAUAAGAGCCUGUUUAGCUGUAACUAACAAACAGAUAAUUAUUUUCCUCUUUUUUAGUAGUAUCAACAGUUUUAUAAUGAAACUGCAUAACUGGUUCUGCAUCAUCAGGAAUAUGAGACCUACAUGAGUUAAUAAAUAAUAGGCGGCAAAGCAGCACUUCAUUGGUUCUUUGUGCACAGCAAGGUUUUGUCUUGACUCCCAUAAAAUGUAGUCAUAGAUGUUUGCAUAUAAAAGUCACCAUUUAAUACUGUGAAUUGUCUCAGUUGCUGCCUAAAAUGUUGACAAACUUAUUGUACUUAAUAUACUAAAAAUUACUUUUGACCUGAUUAAAUGGGUUACUCCAAAUUUAGAAAUUUUUUCUUUUUCUAUACGAGGGCUUUUUCGUUUUUAUUUUUGGGAUAAAUAUUUGAUAAAUAUAUUUUUAUUCCAUAUAUUUCAUUGGAUGAUACAUAAGACAGAUUAUUUUUCACAGAAUGGUGAAACUGGAAAAUGCAGUUUUGACAACAAGAAUAAAUAAGGAAUUUAGUAGUUUAUUUAAUUGUUAACAGCCAGACUCAGGGGAAGUCUAAUGGCUGUUAUAUAUUUUAGGAAGCUUAAUUGUGUGAUGGCUGACCCUACAGUAUAUGUGUGUGUAUUUGUGUAUGUGCAGACGAGCAGAUGUACCGCUGUGAAGACUGUGAUGAGCUGUUCUCCUCAACACUUGAGCUGCGGCGGCACCAGAAGUAUUCAUGCUCCAGUACCGGCUCCAUCUUUGACACACUGAGAGAGGACUUCAAACAGGAACGUGAGGACAGCGACGAGCCCGUCCACGAAUGUAAAGACUGUGAGAAGAUUUUCCCAAAUGAGUACAGUCUGGGCCAACAUAUGAUAGUCCAUACAGAGGAGAGGGAGUACAAGUGUGACCAGUGCCCCAAAGCCUUCAACUGGAAGUCCAACCUCAUCCGUCACCAGAUGUCACAUGACAGUGGCAAGCGUUUUGAGUGUGAAAACUGUGAUAAGGUACAGCAUACCCGGCACGUGUUCACAGAUCCCAGCAACCUUCAGCGUCACAUCCGCUCCCAGCACGUGGGGGCACGCGCUCACACGUGCCCCGAGUGUGGCAAGACCUUUGCCACCUCGUCAGGCCUCAAGCAGCAUAAGCACAUCCACAGCAGUGUCAAACCCUUUAUCUGCCCUGAUGGGCUGCCUCUAUUUGCUCCCCCAGGCGAGGUGUGCCACAAAUCCUACACCCAGUUCUCCAACCUUUGCCGCCACAAGCGUAUGCAUGCUGACUGCCGUACCCAGAUCAAGUGUAAAGACUGUGGGCAGUUGUUCAGCACUACCUCCUCCCUCAACAAGCAUCGCCGCUUCUGUGAGGGCAAAAACCAUUAUGGCACUCCAGCAGGGAUGUUCAACCAUGGCAUCCCCUUGAGCUCUAGCCCCAUCAUGGCCAAGGUCAAGUCCCAUCAUCCCCACCUUCAAGGUCUAAACCAGUCAGGUUUAGGCUUCACUGACUACUUUCCCUCCCGACAUCACCCUCAUGCUGGCUUGCCCUUCUCCCCUGGAGCCCAUGGCUUCCCAUCCCUACCUCAUGGUUUCCCAGGUAUCUUCUCCCCAUCACUGUAUCCGCGACCACCUUUAUUGCCGGCUAGCCCCUUGCUAAAGAGCCCGCUGGGCGGCGGCAGUCAGGAGGUGAAAUUGCCUCGGAGUCCCUUAGACGCUCCUCCACUGUCCCUGGUUAGCUCCACAAACACCAAUGGAGGUAACAGUUCGAAUCAGCUGGAAGUCAAAGAAAGAGAGAACAAACUGGAUUUGUCUUCUGGAGAAGCCAAGCCCAAAUCUAAGAUGGCAGACUUGUCUGACGGUAGUGACCUUGAAGAUGUUAAUACCACAAGUGGUACAGAUUUGGACACCACCACCGGUACUGCUUCAGGUGAUGGUUCUGACCUGGAGAGCGAUGGAGAGAGUGAACGUGAGCGAAGUGGUAAAAGAAGGAAGCCGUCUGGGGCCAUAUCAAGUCAAGAAGGCCACCAGUUAGAAGACACAGACAGUGCGUUGAUAACAUCUGUGUCUAGUUCUGGAAACUUUGCUAUUGAUCGUCCCUUUCAGUUUUCUGCAUCAUCCCAGCACUCCUUCUUCCCUCCGCCUGAUGAGCAAGCCCUCCCGCCCACCCACACAAAUCCCAAUGCAGUCACCACAGAUUCCAUCAAAGCCAUCGCAUCUAUUGCUGAGAAAUAUUUUGGUCCAGGUUUGAUUGGUCUCCAUCAGGAGAAGAAGAUGGGUCCAUUGCCCUACCAUUCCAUGUUUCCCUUCCAGUUUCUGCCCAGCUUCCACAACUCCCUCUACCCCUUCAGCGCUGAUCGAGGUGCCCUCAAUCCCAGCAUGUUCUUUAAGGCAGAGCCCAAGUCACCUCAUGAGCAGCUGCACAAGAUGGUGUCUGGUGCACCACAAGCUCCUGCUUCCACAGGAGAGUCACCAUUUGAUCUCACCAUAAAGGCCAAGGAGACCAAAUUAGCUCAUCUCACCCCAACAAACCCCUCAAACCCCAAAAGUAGUACUGGGAGCAGUAGUGGACCUUUAGCAAAAUCUAGCGGUGAAGAACAGCCGUUAGACCUGAGCAUUGGCGGCCGGAGCCGAGGUGGUCAUAAUGGUGUGGUAGCUGACCCACAAAAUAGAAAGAACCACAUAUUUGGAGUUGGAAAGGGGGUCUCCAUCAAGGACGAAACCCCAGCUGGGUUUCCACAUCCACAUUCCCAGUCGUUGCACCAUUCAUCCAUCGCCCAGCACCAGCAGCAACACGCACAGCCCCACCAGCCGCCACCCCUGCACUACGCCAAGCCCUCAGCAUUCUUCAUGGACCCCAUAUACAGCAGGGUGGAGAAGAGGAAGCUACUCGACCCCGUAGGAGCUCUGAAGGAAAAAUUCCUCAGGCCCUCACCGCCACUCUUCCAUCCACAGAUGUCAGCCAUGGAGAACAUGACAGAGAAGCUUGAGAGCUUUGGCGCUCUAAAACUGGAUGUGCCGCCCAUUUCACUGCAACACGCUCAUCCACUGUUCAACUUCCGCUCACCACCACCUUCCCUCUCAGAUGCCAUCCUCCGCAAGGGCAAGGAGCGUUACUCCUGCAGGUACUGUGGGAAAAUCUUUCCUCGCUCGGCAAACCUCACCAGACACUUGCGGACACAUACAGGGGAACAACCCUACAGGUGUAAAUACUGUGACCGCUCAUUCAGCAUCUCAUCUAAUCUUCAACGCCACGUUCGCAACAUCCAUAACAAGGAAAAACCCUUCAAGUGUCACCUGUGCAACCGCUGCUUCGGUCAACAAACCAACCUCGACCGUCAUCUCAAGAAGCACGAGCACGAGAACAUUCCUGUGAGCCAACAGUCCGGGAUGCUUUCCAACCUAGGAACCACCAUCUCCUCCCCAAACUCCGAGCCAGACAAUCAUGCACUUUUAGAUGAGAAGGAGGACUCGUACUUCUCAGAAAUCCGCAACUUCAUUUCCAACAGCGAGAUGAACCAGGCCACGAGCUCCACGGAUAAGAGGUCAGACCAGGCUGAGGAGGAACACCCACCGAGCUACAGUUUGUCCAACUCUAAGCUAGGGCUCCGGGGGCUAGAGGAGGAGGAAGACGAAGUGGAGGGCGACGAUGAGGAGGAGGAGGAAGGCAGCCUGACAGAGAAGUCUCACGAUGAGGCGCCCGAGUCCCCAUCUCCCGUCACGACGGGAGUGUAUGAGGAGGACGAGGAGGAGGAAGAGACGGAGACAGCUCCAUUAGCUAUGGGCUAUGAACACACUCGCAGGUGUAUAGAGGAAGGCUCUCUCUUGGACCUGGAGGGUCUGCCCAGCUUUCCCAAGAGUCUGGAGGGGUUACGUAAAGCAGCCAAUGAUGAGCAACCCUUUGAUGUUAAAGACAUAUUUAACACUUCACUAGAGUCGGAGGCAUUGAAAGAGACAUUGUACAGGCAGGCUAAAACCCAGGCUUAUGCAAUGAUGCUGUCUCUCUCGGAGAACAAACCUUUGCACGCGCCCUCCCAGAACUCCCUGGAUGCUUGGCUGAGCAUGGGAGGUGGACCGUCCGAGACGAGCAGCUUUCACCCGCUCAACCACAUCUAGACGAGAGAGCGGAAGCGGUAGAAAGAGUAGGGGAAACAUUGGUUUCGCAAAAUGGAUAGAACAAGAGACAGAGUGGACAUGAGUAGUGAGAGACGUGGACACUAGAGAAGAAUUCUGUGUCACAUUCAUUCAAGAUAGAAAGGAUAUGUUUGUGUGGAGAUGUGCGUGUGUGCGUGUGUGUGUGUGUGCGUGUAGAUGUGAGUGAGAGAGAGGAGGGACCCUUGGUGAGACAUCUCACAAGACUCAAAAAGAAAGCACUGCUAAGCUCCUGUUGAUGUGAAGGACAUGCUAAAUGCUUCUCAACAGCAUUGAAACUCUGCAUUACUCUGAUCCUCCCCAAGUCCACAAGGCUCACUCCAGCACCAUAGAGACCCAACGUAAGGCUCUCAAAGACACUUAAUGACUAGUAUGUCUCUAAAGUCUGUGUACACCGCCUACUACAAGCACUGCAGCAUCAGCCCUGCAUUAGCACUGCAUGUCCACAAGGUGUUGGUGUUUCACCAGGAACAUAUAGUGGGCGCGUGCACUAUUGUCUCCAGGUUUCCCUCACCAAUCACGGGCGAGUCAUGUACUGAUCUUAUUUCAGCUAUAACUGCACCACACUAAAUGUUACUUGAGGGAAUCCAAGUUCCAGUAGACUUGUUUUUUUUUUUUAAUGAUUACAUGGAGAAUGAUGUUCAAUGUUCAAAUGUGCACAGCAACUGGUGAUUUUGAUGAGCUAUCUGGGACACUAGCCAUUGUAAUUGGUUACCCAAUUUGAUCACGCUGAAAAUGAAUUCAAAUCAUACUCAAAAAAAUGAGGAAAGUCUUUCUCUGCUUGUUUAUUUCAUCGACAUUUGUUAAUUUUAUUUUAUUCCUCUCCUCUUAGAUACCACAGUAUUGUUUUUGUAGGCACCACCGUGCUAAAUUGUUAAUAUAAUUAUUUUAGAGAAGGACCAAAAUUCUAUGAUAUUGACAUAUGAUGUACAAAAUAACCUAGAUGUUCAUAGCAAGAGUGGUAUGUGCCAAAUAACCCAUAGAAAAUGUUUUGUUCUCUGACAAUCAUUUCAUUUCCAAGGGGCUUGCAUUUGCUGUCAUAGUUUUUUUUCUUUUCUUAUUAUUACGCUCUUAUAUAUUUGAUUUCAGAAAUGUGUGUGUAUGUAUUUAUUUUUGGUUGUUUUGUCAUGACUGGAGGAGUGAAAAUGAAGGCAUGUCAUUUUAUCCCUCUUUUCUUGAUGCUGAAGGAAUGAACGCCAGAAAGUGAGGGAGAUUCUGAAUCUCUUUGGAUGCGUUAGUGUGCCAAAAUGGAAAGAACCCAUGAAAUGAAUUGUUUUUAUUUAUAGUGAAAUAUAGCUGUAGUUAGUUUUAGAUCCUAUUUGGCAACGUAUCGUCCUGCAGUGUUUAGUUUUUUUCUUGUUUCAGUUCAACCAUUUUACCCAGUAUGCUGAAUGUUUCUUGUUCGAAUUGGUUCAAGUAUUAUGGGGGGGUCAAACUUGGACAACUUUCAGAAAUGUCAGAAAAGGGGCAUUGCGUUGUCAAAUUAUUGAAUCCGACUAGUUUCUACCACAUCAAGCUCCCUUUCCCACUUGGUUUUUCAUUUGAUAUAUUUAGUGUAAACAAUUAAUAUUCUUUUUAUAAUAAGUUGUCCUUUAUUACAUGGUCCAACAGUCUAAAACACUCAGUCACGUCUGAAUGAACAUCUAGUCUUCACUGCACUGAAGCAACAGAAAAGCUGGUCAUGCAAGAAUGGAAUCAAGGUCUCAUGAAACCAAAAAAAAAAGCAUAAACUUAACCACAUAUAGUGUUAAAAUGAAUAUCAUAAUUAUGCUGGAUUGUCCUUCCAAAACAUGCAGAACAAUAUCUUCAUUUUAAAUUCUGGACAGGGAUAAACAGAAACACUUGAUUGUGAGUUUAACUUUAUAUUCCCUGAUAUUCUUCUCAGAUCAUAAUAAAAGCUCAUUCCAUGGGGUCGAUUGGGUAGCAGUGCUUUGGAGGGCAUGACUCAUGGGUACUGUAGAUAACUGUAGAUAGCUGCUGAAACGG